AUGGAAGGAUAUCCUUACAUACAAAAAGUGUCAAGCCCGUAUGCAGCUUUUCAAGAAAACGCAUCAAAUCCAGACAAAUCAACUGUGAAUGGGAGCUUGGAACAACCUGUUUACGAACAAUUGAUGCCCUCUACAUUGGUUGUCGUGAACCCGUACCGCUAUGAAGCUGGUAUACCUUCUGCAAGUAACAGCGUUGAAUCGACCAUAGUGGCGCCACAAACUGCAUCCUGUUCCGGAACGUACAACAUUGAUCCAUGUUCUACUGCUGUAGUUGAUAGCAAUGGCUCGCUUCAUACCUUGGCACCAGAACGAACUCCUCAGUAUGUACCAGCGGUUCUCAACGGACAAGCGAGUAAUAUAACAAAUGUCAGUGACAAGCAUUCGUUUGCCGGUGGCGAGCCAACGGUAUGUAAUGGAGCAUCGGAAGAUCUUCUUAAAGAUAAUCCUAUACCGGACAAGUCAUGUUUAACAACGCUACCAGAACAAACCCCUGAGAGCACACUAAAACGUGACGACGAAAAUAUAGUCCCACCGAAUGAAAAAAUCACUAUGUCAACAAAGGAAGUCGAUGUACAUAAUUCUUCCAAAGCGAUUGAAAGCAUAGAACCGAUCGAAAUAAUAACAGGAUCGAAUGCGUGCAAUCAACCCUACGCCAGUGCCAUAUCGAACGAAACAUCUGUAAAAGAUAAUGCUAAUCAUGUGCAAGCACCCGGGACGAUAGACUCUGCGUCAGCUGAGGAAAAGCUGGUUGAAUCUAACCCGGAUGAAGAUGAAAACAGUAGCGACUCGACGAAAUCCAACUCAUACACAGAAGCUCAGCACUCCGAGAAUGUAUCUUCACUAUUUAAAAACGUGGUGCUAGUGCAAGCACACACAAUCGCGGCAGAGGAAAAUGAUUCGAUGGAUCGUGUAACAUCUGCUUCCGAAGUAAAUUCGUUUAACGAAACGGAUGAGGUCGACCCAAUCGUAACAAGUUCCGUGGAAGAUAUUGGGCGAGAAGAUGAGCCGAUGGAGCACGAAAUGAUGGAUCCCGCCGGUUUGCUGAUAGAUGAAACGGGAGAUGUUCAAAAUUUCGAAAUAAUGGAAGGUGUCGCCGUCGGUCAAAUGGGACAGAUCGUUGCACUGGAUGCACCUAUAAUCGAUCCGACCAUGAUGGAAGAACCGGAAAACGAUGCUGAUAAUGUAAAUCUAAACGAAGAAACCAAUACCGAUGGCAAUGGCAGUGGUAAGGGGCUAUCGGGAAAAGAAAAUUCUUCGAAUGUUAGUGUAAAGCAGUGCAAACAGCUGGACACCGUUUCACUUUCGUCCGGUGAGGAAACUUCGGAAGGGUGUAAGGAUGAAUCACAAAAGUGCCAAAUGCGUAAACGCGGUGUAAUCCGUGUCGUAAAUGUGAAAAAAGAACUGCUGCAGAAAAAGCGAUCUAAAACAUCCGAGCGGGGUGCUUCCAAUGAUGAUCCCUUCGGUUCGUGCGCAAGCUCAUCGAGCGAAGACGUCCCAAACGAUAUGUAUUUCGGUUCGCCGGAUCGUGUAUACACCGUGAGCACGAAACUACACUGGCAGCGGCAGAAACAAAAGCGCAACAAAUACUAUUCGCGUGAAAAAUCUACCGAUCAGUACAGCGAUGCGUCAAGCGAUAACGAGGAGAAAGAACACACCCAACGAAGGGCGAAAAAGGCGGAAGAAAUUGCACGCCUAAAGCUUCCGGCUUAUCAUCAACAGCAGUUGCAAGAAUUGGUGCUAAAGAAGCAUCCCAAGCGUGGCCGGUUUUAUGACCGUUCGCAGGAUAUUCCGAACGAUAUUUACUUUGGAAACGUUAAAGUUCCAUUACACAUUCUUCAUGCGACGAGCAGUAGCUCUUCGGAGGAAGAACCAUGGCCUGGUGGAAGCGCAAAGUCAGCGACGAGUUCUAACUCUUGCCAUCGCAAGGAAAGCACAACGUAUGCUAAAUCUUCUAACAAUCGUUAUUCUAAGAUUUCAUCGUCGAGAGCUGAAUCAACGAGCACGUACGGAAGCGUGCGAUCCGUUCACCGGAUGAAGGAAUAUCUCAAGAUGGCAGGUUUCCGACACAUGCGCUAUCAAAAGCUGUGGCAAGGCUGUGAAACUAAUCAUGAGCGCGCGGAAGCGAUACUACGAUUUCUUCAGACGCAUGGUCUACAGGGUGAACCGACGGAUGAAAAGUGUCGCGAGCUGCGCAAACAAAUUCAACUACAAAAAGAAGUGGAAGUGUUAGAUACGAGUGUUAUCAUUGGGAGUGGUGAAGGUCGUGUAACAAGGCAAAGGACUAAGAAAGUUUCGGAACCGACAGCUGUUGCACCCGAUGUGAAUCGUUCGUCGGAACAGAGUCUUCAGAAGGACGAAGAGACGAUAGAGUCUGCUGCAGCUACUGAAACAACGGAACUAGAAACAGAAUGCGUACAACAACAGGAGCAGCAACAGCAGGAUGGAAAUGUCCCAUUAGAAAACCGUGUAGAACACGCUUUACCGGCAGAUGAAUGUGCUAACAGGUCGAAUACCCCUUCAAACGAAUGA